UGCACAUCGCGCAGGACCAGCGGGUGAGCAUGGGCCAGGACGGCUACCUGUACUUCGCCAACGCGCUGGCCGCCGACUCGCACCCCGACUACAUCUGCCACGCGCACUACCUGGGCCCCCGCACCAUCAUCCAGAAGGAGCCCCUCGACCUCCGCGUCGCCCCCAGUAACGCGGUGCAGUCCCGCCGGCCCCGGCUGCUGGUGCCCCGCGACCCCCAGCCCCCCCACGUGGCGCUGCGGGGGGGCACCCUGGUCCUUGAGUGCAUCGCCGAGGGGCUCCCCACGCCGACGGUGCGGUGGCAGCGCCUCAACGGGCCGCUGCCGCGGGGCCGAGCCACCCUGGAGAACUUCAACAAGACGCUGCGGCUGCGGGCGGUGGAGGAGGCCGACGACGGCGAGUACGAGUGCGUGGCCGAGAACAGCCAGGGCCAGGCCCGCCACGGCCACGCCGUCACCGUCGAGGCGGCCCCGUACUGGGUGCGGCGCCCCCAGAGCGGGGUCUUCGGGCCCGGCGAGACGGUGCGGCUCGACUGCGUGGUGGAGGGCAAACCGCGGCCCCGCGUCAGCUGGCGCCUCAACGGGGUGCCCAUCGAGGAGGUGCCGGGUGACGAGCGGCGCGCGGUGCGCGACGGCGCCCUGAUCCUGGCGCGCCUGGAGCCCAACGACACCCUGGUGACGCAGUGCGAGGCGCACAACCGCCACGGGCGCCUCCUCGCCAACGCCUACGUCUACGUCGUGGAGCUGCCGGUGAAGAUCCUGACGGCGGACGAGACCCGCUACGCCGUGGUGGAGAACCGCACGGUGUUCCUGCACUGCCGGGUCUUCGGGGCCCCCGCACCCUCCGUCGAGUGGCUGACGCCGACGCUGGAGCCGGCGCUCCAGGACGACCGGACCUUCCUCUUCACCAACGGCACCCUGCGCCUGGGCCCGGCGGCCCCGGGCGACGGCGGCCCCUUCACCUGCCGGGCCCACAACACCCACAGCAACGCCACCAUCGUCGCCCACCUCGACGUCAAAGCGGCGACGCGCAUCGAGACGCCGCCCCAGAGCACGACGGCCAAGAAGGGCGAGACGGUGACGUUCCGGUGCGUGGCCGCCUUCGACGCCGGGCUCGCGCCGCGCGGCCUCGAGUGGCGCCGGGACGGGCAGCUCCUGCGCGAGACGGCCGACAGCGACAAGUACUCGAUGGCCGGGGACACGUUGACGGUGGCCGGCGUCGACUACGGCGACCAGGGAACCUUCUCCUGCCGCGCCUGGACCCCCCUCGACUCCGCCGAGGCCUCGGCUCAGCUCCGCGUCGUGGGCCGGCCGGGCCCCGUGCGGGAGCUGCAGGUGCUGGAGGUGGGCGAGCGCCGGGUGCGGCUCAGCUGGACCCCGGGCGAGGAGCACAACAGCCCCGUGGAGAAGUUCGUGGUGGAGGAAGAGGAGGGCAUCUUCGCGCCGGGGCGCUUCGUGGAGCGGCUGACGGUGCCGGGGGGGCAGCCCUGGGCCCCCCUCACCCUCUCGCCCUACGGCCGCUACCGCUUCCGGGUGCUGGCGGCCAACGCCUACGGCCGCGGGGACCCCAGCAUCCCCAGCGCCCCCAUCUCCACCCCCCCGGCGGCCCCCGAGCGCAACCCCGGGGGGGUCCGGGGUGAAGGCAACGAGACCAACAACCUGGUCAUCACCUGGCAGCCGCUGGCGCCGGCGGACUGGAACGCCCCCGAGGUGCAGUACCGGGUGCAGUGGCGGCCGCUGGAGCCGGCGCUGGGCCGCUGGAGCGAGGAGACGGUGGGGGGCCCCCCCUUGGUGGUGGGGGGCACCCCCACUUUCAGCCCCUACGAGAUCCGGGUGCAGGCCGUGAACCCCGCCGGCAAGGGCCCCGAGCCCGCCGUCGUCGUCGGCUACUCGGGAGAGGACCUGCCGCUGGCGUACCCCGAAAACGUGGGGGUGGAGAUCCUGAACAGCACCAGCGUGCGGGUGCGCUGGAGCCUGGCCGGGUCCCCCGGGGAACUCCGGGGGCACCUCCGGGGCUUCCGGGUGCUGUACUGGCGCGAGGGCUGGGUGGGGGAGCGGGCGCGCCGGCAGGCCCCCCCCGGGCCGGGCGCGGGCGCUGGGGGGCACCCCGGGGUGCUGACGGUGCCCGGCGAGGCCCGCGGGGUGCUGCUGGCGGGGCUGCGGCCCUGGAGCCGCUACCGCCUCCAGGUCGUCGUCUUCAACGGCCGGGGCGACGGCCCCCCCAGCGACGAGAUCCGCUUCGACACCCCCGAGGGAGUGCCGGGGCCCCCCGAGGCGCUGCUGGUGGAGCGGGUGACGGACACGGCCCUGGCCCUCGAGUGGAAGCGCCCGCGGCACCCCAACGGCGUCCUCACCGGCUUCCUGCUCCAGUACCGCCAGGUGAACCAGACGGAGGGGGGGCUGCCCUACGAGAUCUCCUUCCCGGCGGGGACCCUCAACACCACGCUGAGCCGCCUGGCGCCCCGCGGCCGCUACCGCUUCGCCCUGCGCGCCCUCACCCGCCUGGGGCCCGGCCCGGCCCUGCUGCGCGACGGCUCCACCCUGCCCGAGCCCGUGCUGCCGGCCCUGGGCAGCGUGAUGGUGGCCGAGGUGGGGGAGGACUUCACGCUGCUGCUCUGGACCCUUGCCCACCCCCAGGCCAACGUGGAGUUCGAGGUCCAGUACAUGAGCAAAACCACGGCUGAGCCCUGGCGCACCUCGGGCCGCGUCAACUCCACGCUGGGGCUGUACCGCCUGGGGGACCUGCGCCCCGGCACCUCCUACCGCGUCCAGUUCGUGGGGCGCAACCACUCGGGCGAGAGCGUGGCCUUCUGGGAGAGCGAGGUGCACACCAACGGCACCCUGCUGCCCACCCCCGUGAGCACCUUCACCACCGAGGGCUGGUUCAUCGGCUUCGUCAGCGCCCUGGUGCUGCUGCUCCUCGUCCUCCUCAUCCUCUGCUUCAUCAAGCGCAGCAAGGGGGGCAAGUAUUCGGUGAAGGACAAGGAGGACACGCAGGUGGACUCGGAGGCCCGGCCCAUGAAGGACGAGACCUUCGGGGAGUACAGCGACCCCGAGGAGAAGGCGUCGGGCAGCUCGGGGCGCUCGCUGGGGGCGCCGGGGCAGGCGCUGGGCAGCGACGACAGCCUGGCGGGCUACGGCGGCAGCGCCGACGUGCAGUUCAACGAGGACGGCUCCUUCAUCGGGCAGUACAGCGGCGCCCGCGGCCCCGACGGCCCCGGCAGCUCCGGCACCGGCAGCCCCACCGCCGCCGCCGCCCCCGCCCUCGACUAGGGGCCUCCCCGCGGCGCCGGGGACCCCCCCUCACCGCCACCACCACCCACCCACACACACACACACGCACACACACGCACACACACACACACACGCACCACCUCCGCCCGGCACCCCGCUGCGGUACUAGGAAACCCCUCGGAUCCAUCCCACGGUACCUGGGACCCCCCUCCAGGGUGCCAGGGACCCCCCCCCCACAAUAACUGGGACCCCUUGGACACCCCCCACGGUACCUGGGACCCCUUGGACACCCUCCUGUGGUACCUGGGACCCCUUUGACACCCCCCACGGUAACUAGGACCCCCCCUCCAGGGUGCCAGGGACCCCCCCCACAAUAACUGGGACCCCUUGGACACCCCCAAUGGUACCUGGGACCCCCCCCUCCAGGGUGCCCGGGACUCCCCCCCACAAUAACUGGGACCCCUUGGACACCCCCCACAGUACCUGGGACCCCCCCUCCAGGGUGCCAGGGACCCCCCCCCCAAUAACUGGGACCCCUUGGACACCCCCCACAGUACCUGGGACCCCCCCUCCCAGGGUGCCAGGGACCCCCCCCACAAUAACUGGGACCCCUUGGACACCCCCCACGGUACCUGGGAUCCCCUCAGAGGUGCCAAGGAUCCCCCCACCCAGGCCCCCUCCCACAGUACCAGGGAGCCCUUGGACUCCUCCCAUGGUACCUGAGACCCCCUCCUCCAGGGUACCAGGGACCCCCUUGGACCCCUCCCACAGUACCUGGGACCCCCUGGAUCCCCCCAUGGUACCAGGGACCCUCCUGCUAGGGUGCCAGGGACCCUCUGGAGCUCCCCACAGUACCAGAGACCCUCACCAGAGCCCCCCCCAUGGCGAAAGGGGACCCCAGGGCCCUCUCCCCAUUGCGUAUAGGUAGGGGCCCAUUGCGUAGAGGGACCCCCACUAACCCCAAGGGGACCCCUGUCCCCCCCUAGUGGCAUAAAGGGACCCUUGGACCCCCCAAAAAGGCCAAAAGGGAUCUUCAGAGCCCCCCCGAUGGCCAAAGGGGAUCCCCUCACCCCUCUCCCCAGCCGGGGGGGUGUCCUACCCCCCCCACAGCCCUCCCUUAAAGGGGGACCCCAACCCCUCGCUCCACUGCCAAAGCGGGGGGAAUCCCCAAAUGCCCCCCCCCAGCCCCAUGCAAUGGAGUUAUUGGGGGGGGAAACAACUAGGUGCCAUGGGGGGACCCCUAAAAAGCGCCUCGCAGUGGGGGAAGUCGGGGACCCCAUUGCAUGUAGCCAAAAACUAAGCCCCCCCAAGCCCUGUUGGGGGGGCCCAGAUGCCUGGGUUCUCUAUCUAGACCAAAUUGAGGGGGGGGAUUUUGAUCCCCAAUUUUCAGCUCCCUCCUCUCCCCCUAUAAUCCUUCAGCCCCCCCCCCGACUCCUUUGGGUUUGGGGGGGCCCCGACACCCCCCAGCACCCCCCUACCCCCCCCAAUCUCUGAAUGCAUCUCACGGCGCUGCCUUGGCAACACUCACACGAGCCCAAUGGCCCCUCCUGGGGGGGCCCUGCACCCCACCGUGUGUCCUGGGACCCCCUCAGGGAGCCCCUGGACUCCCCUCAGACCCCCCCCAGUAGCCCCCCAGACUCCCCAAAUCACCCCAGCACUCUUAUGACCCCCAGAUCCCCCCAAAGCUGUCUUUACCACCCAUUAUCCUUCGGACCCCCCCCCAAGCCCCCAUUUUCAUCCCUAUGGACCCUCCAAACCAUCCCUAGACCCCCCCCCAUUGACCCCCCCAGACACCCCUCAAACCAUAUCAGCCCCCCCAGCCCCCCCCCCCCCCGAGCCCGGCCCCUCCGUGUCGCCCCUGUGCGCUGGUGUUGUAGCUGCUUUAGGCCCCUGGUGUUUGUGGUGCCCCCAAGUCUGUCUGUCUGUCUGUCUGUCUCUCCCCCACCUCAAACCUCGGGAAAAGAAGCGAAAAAAGGCCCAAAAGGCCUCAAAAAUGGAAGCUGAACCCCCCGUGUCCCCCCCCAUGUCUGUCCCUCCCCCGGGUCUGGCCGGAGCCCCUGUCCCCCUCCCCCCCGUCGGCACUGUCGCGUGAUGCCGCCGGGGCCUGUGUUUCUCUCUAUAUAUAUGUACAUAUCAGAAUUAUACAAAACGACAAAAAUGAGCAAAAAAAAAAAAACAAAAACAAAAACACACACAAAAAUACUAGGAACAAAGACGUCAAAAAAAAAA